UUCAAGAUCGCACGCGGUGCUCCCCAAAACCCAGUGAUCACCCCCAACGAUGAGAUCUUCUUGACAUUCGUCGGAGCCUCCAGAAGAUCCUCGAAAUAACCCACCAAAGAUGAACAUCUCGACAGCACUUUGGCGUCAGCUGAGCCCGAAAAACGGUCGCGCUGGCAGCGUAACUUACCUGACGACCUGCAGGCACUACUCAGGUUACACCAAGAGAAUGGGAAUUUGGCUGAGGGACCACAGUAUCGAGGUUACGAAUGCCUGCACGAGACAGUUGGAGUUCAUCGUUGCUCAGAGGGUGCGCAGGAGUCUCCAGUUGUUCGAGUUGUGGACGAAGAUCUGGGACGACGUGGCUCUGAAGGAGUUCCUGAGGGCCUGGAGGAGGAGAGCGAGGCGGAGUGGGAGGGAGUUGCUGUUCUCCUCGGUCGGGGUGACCAUGUUCAACUGGGAGAGGGACAGGAUUGACAAUGAGGAGUUGUACAGUUAUGCCAACGAGAUCGAGACCAUUCACAAGCUCAAGGAGACGACUGUCGUCUGCGAGGACUGCCGUCAGAGGCUGGUCAUUGAUAAAGCACAGCCUGGUGUUGAGUACUGCGAGUGCAAGGGGAAGGCGGCCAGGGGGAGUGGGGACCACUGGGAGCCCUUCAUCGAGAGGAGGGACAUGCUCAUCUGGAGGAGGGAGGAGCCUGGCACCGGGGGACUCUACGCGUAUAAAGUGUUGGGGACUUUUUCGGAUGUCUCUGCCGAUGAGUUCCUCAGGGUCCAGGUGGACGUGCAGUACAGGAAGGAGUGGGACACCACUGCCAAGAGGCUGGAGAUCAUCGACACUGACCCUCAGGGGGUGGCUGACCAGAACCAGAGGAGUGAUGUCAUCUACUGGGAGAUGAUAUGGCCUAGACUUUUUUCGAAUAGAGAUUACGUUUAUCAGAGGCGUUGGGUGCUGGACAAGGAGAAGGGGAUCGUCGUCAUCGUGAGCAGGGGCAUCCAGCAUCCAGCUGCCCCAGACAGACCCGACACCUACAGAGUUAAUUCGUACUGGUCGUACAUGGUCAUUAAACCCUGUAAGAAUUUCGGUGAACCUGGGAUUGAGUUUGGACUGACGUAUUUCGAGGAUCCCGGGAUCAAUAUACCCUAUGCUGUGAGUGCUUGGGUCGCCAUGAGUGGAUUGCCUGAUUUCUUGAACAAAAUGAGGCAAGCAGCGAAGGACUACAAGUACUACAUAGCAAAAAAUCAGAAGCCAGAAGAAGUUCCUGAUUCCACCGAAGAAAUUGAAGCCUCAAACGACGAAAUAACUCUCAACUGUCAACCAAACGACGUGGUAAACGAGCCAGUACCCGAAGAGAUCGUGGUGAGUCCCACUGCAGAGCCAAAAGACUCCCCAAUCCCCUGUCAAGGCGUCAUUAACCCCCAGAGCAAUGACCCCUGUGAAGUGGAAGUGCAAUCAACAAGUGAGGACUGCGAAUUAUCUGAACAGAUGAUCGAGAAACAGAGUAGCUAUCUGAGAUAUAUUUUCCUGACCAAACUGUUUGCAUGACAAUUGUACACAUUUUCGUCGUCCAAUAAUAGCACUGACGACGAAAAUAAAUCCGGCGUUGUGCUCUCAGGGAAAACUGAUAGCUUUGCACCACCUUCUGGUGGUCAGUAGGUUUGUAGGACGCCUUGGGCGAUUAAACCUAAAGAGAACUCAAGUUAAAGCCCGAUUUUAAGACAUUGAAAUAGUGGAGAAUUUAGUUUUAUAUGGAAAGGUGCUAUUCUCUAUGGAAUUACCUGAAUAAUGGAUCACGUAAUCAUUGGAUGUCGCAUGAAUUGAUCUGUUAAACUGAUUUUUCAUCACACUAGCCGAAAAUAUUCAAUUCUGUUUUAUGAUGCGAAUAGUCUAUUUUUAAUCAAAUCACGCUCUUUACAUUCUUCAAUUGUAAAAUAAUGACCGAUCAAACGAUUCGAUUUAAUUUCUCCUCGUUGUCUCACCGAUACAUUAUUCUGUACAUAAAGUCGGUGUUGUAUAAAUGUUAAUAAUGUUUUACAUUUGUUGCUCAAGAAAAAAUGCCAUUGAACAACUGGUUGAAGUAUCUGUAUGAUAAAAAAAUAGAUUCAUAAAUUUGUAAAGGAAACCAACGGUUUUUUCAUUACUCUAAUCAAUAAUUUCUUCUAUUUCUUCUUGUGUAUAAAUAUAUAUAAAUAACAAUUAUGAUGAUGACGAGAGUAUCAUCGAUAAUAUAUACACGAAUUUGUUUCCAUAAAAUACUCCACAUAUUUUAAA